AUGGAGAAAGACUGGGCUAUGUUGAGUUACAUGACUGUAGCGGAAAGAAACAAGAAUAAAAAGUGGAAUGACAAUUCAGGAAUUCUUCAAGCUAAACUAGCGGUAGUCCUAGUAUUGCUGAAACUGGUCUUUGCUGUAGAUAAUAUAGACAAGGUCCAAUAUUUCAAAUCCUUGACGCCCCAAGAACGCCAAGAGAUAUUCAAUACAGAUGAUGUAGACCAUGUUCCGGAAUUCGAAAUCAUAGACGUCGAAUGGCCAAAAGUACAUAAAAGAUCAUUCGAUGAAUCCAUUCCUAUCAUUGUACCACUUGCACAAGGAAAUGUCAACUUGAAUUUAAAAGUAGCUGCUCCUCUUAUUGGUCCAAAUACGCCUGUCUACACCUUCCGUACAAGAAACGGACGGAUUUAUGCAGAAAAAAACACUCCAUUCAAAGAUUAUACAUUAAAUAUUUACGAAGAUGAGGAUCAACAAGCAUCCAUGGUGGUCAACGUUGAUGCUGAUGGGAACAAAUACAUCCAUUCUGGUAUCAUUGAAUCACACAAUAUCUCUAUUCAUCGAGCACCAAAUCCUCAAAACACUAGACACCGAACUUCUUACAUCGUCAGACUUAUAGAUUUACUCCUUUUUGGUGGUCAACCACCUAUCAGAAAUCCAGACAACGUACAAACCGACUCACCAGUAAUAGUACCUGCUGUCAUUUACCCAGAAAUCUUAGUGAUAGUUGACUCAACAAUAUAUGACAAAUAUGAUCAUAAUUUUGAUAUAUUCAAAAAUUACAUUCUGAAUUUUUGGACUGCUGUUAAUCAAAAGUAUAAACCCUUGUCUGGACCAAAAUACAAACUCAGCAUCGCCGGUAUUGCUGUUGCUGAAGACCGUAAUGCAUUUCAAUUUAUGAGUUUACAUUCGUCUUAUACCAAUGUAAACUUCGAUAAUGCAUUAAAUACCUUGGGAGCAUGGUUGUACAACAACGACAACAUCAUUCCUAUAGAAAGUUAUGAUGUUGCUAUGGUUCAUACAUUAUUGAGUUCAUCCAGUUCUAUAUUCGAUUUCGUCACAAACCGUAAUACAGUUGGCUUAGCAAAUUUGGCGAGCGCAUGUCAAGUAAAUAAUAGACAAGGUGUAAUGAAGAAGUCAAUUAUAUUUGAUGAUAAUAAUUAUGGAUCUAUUUAUACUGCAGCUCAUGAAUUAGGACAUAUGCUCGGUAGUAACCAUGAUGACAACGUGGGAUGCGGCUCACAAUUCAUAAUGUCAUCUGUUGGCCGUCAAGAUGCGCAUUUGAGAAGGUUAACAUGGUCUCAAUGUUCAAUAAAUGGCUUUCGUCAAUUUUUGAGAACCAAUCCUACAUGUUUAUUCAAUGUUCCUGAAUCAUAUCAGAAGAUGAUGCAAGCAACAACAACACCGAGACCUGAAGUUUAUAUUGAUAAUAUUUAUAAUCCAGUUGAUACUGCUUCUAUUACUCCAAAGAGAGGCUUUUUUGAUGACGCCAGUAAUGUAAUUGCAAAUAAUCGAAGGGGUAGAAGCAGACCUAUUAUCCCAGUGGAUAGAUUUAAUCAAUUUAUUCCUCAAACAAAUUCCAAAUAUUCGGAUCUAGCACGCAUCGAAUCUCAACAUGGCUCCCUGAGUUCUAAUUUCGAGGAAUUUACUAUCGAUUUACAGAACGUGUCACCCGACCAAAUCAUAUACGGACAGAUUGUGAACAAAUCAGAUUUAUUCAUAUUCAUCCUAAACAAACCAACACAAAAUAUUCCUGCUACAUCAUUGUAUGGUCAACAAAAUUACAAUGGUUUAUUAGCAGGGAAUAAUAAUGGAGUUGCUUCUCCUUUGAAUAAUAAUUAUGGAGUGGGUACAGGUAAUCCUAGGAUCUCGGUAAGCAGACAACCGAUAGCAGCGAACUCAUUUCCAGAACGUGUACCAACCACUUAUAAUAAUCCAAAGAUAAGAAAUAACAAUGGAGCAGCAGAAACUGGAUUCAUUUGGAUAAAUUGA